AUGUCAAAACCCUCAGUUACAGUUAUUGGUAGUGCCGGAUUGGUUGGUACCCCCUUACUCCAAGCCUUCAGCAGAUCCGAUCUCCAAGAUAAAAUCCAGUUCCCGGUCCAGGUGGUCACCAGAAGCGCAGCCGAUAAAAAGGAUACUGCUACGCUCAAGUACGUGGAAGCAGACCUUGGUAACGAAACCAAGCUCGCCGAGGUCUUGAAAGGACGCGAUGUGAUUGUCUCGUUGGCCUCGCCCAGUCCCGAAGGCAACGCCGUUCUCGAAAACGUCUUGACCCAGGUCAGACCCCAGGUAUACAUCCCAUCGCAGUUUGGGUCCGACCUCCGUCCUGCCCAGCAGAAAUUGCCGGGAUUCCAAACCCUCAAAACCGACCAUGCUGAUAAAGUCAGGGCCCAGGGUAUCAAGGUGGUCGAAGUCGUCACUUCGUACUUCAUUGGCGAAGGCCAUUUCCUAACCGAAAUCGUUGCCCAUGCCGGUAUCGACAGAGAUGCGGGAACAGUAACUUAUGCUGAUUCUCCACAAACCAAAAUUGCCAUUUCGUAUCUUCCAGACGUGGGUAACGCAGUGGCUACUUUAGUUAGUGUUGACCCUCUGCAAAUGCCCGAUGUUUUCAGAAUGCAAUCCGACGAAAUCACCUACGAAGACGUUGCCAGAAAAUUCGAAAACGAUCACGGGGUCUCUUUGCAAGUCAAACACACCACCUCCGACGAGUUGCUUGCCAAAGCCAAUGAAAUGAUGAAAGUUUCCCAAGGAUUCGUCUUGGACGAGUUUUUGUUCUAUUUGUGGGCCGUUUCUGCUGCCGGCCGGGACUUUGGUAACUCGUACUCCAAAAACGACAAUGAACUAGUCAACCCCGGUGGGAAAUUGUUCCCAUGGACUAAAUUCCACUAA